GAGCCUUCCCGACUCCAUCUUUCAUCACCUUGGAUUUGACUCCUUCCGAGCCUCAUGUUCGCUGCCCGCACAGGCCUCGACGAAGACUGUCCAGAUUAGCGCACUCUCGAGGCAGCCUGUUUGCCUAUAGCACCUCCCACGGCGCGUACCCGCUCAACAUGAUCCUCAACUGCUUGCUAGACCCACGAGAACCCGAGAGAUCAAGAGGUGGGAACAUAACAUAAAUCACGACAUGGAGUGUGACAUCUGUGGCAGAGAGGGCGCGCUCCACUGUGUCACUUGCGCUCGCGCCUUCUUGGAGGAACCCCGCUACAAACUUGCGGACAAGCUGAUUGUUGGCGAGACGUAUGCAAAGCAUAUCAAAGCCGUUGUCGAGGUCUUAGAAGACCAAGAGAGCCAGCAUGUUUCACUCCAGGAUUCAAAAGGCGACUUGCUGGUCGAUCGGCAAGAAUGCACGAACAAUAUCGCGAUCCAACGCACCCGAGCGGAGACAGCAGAGAUCGAAGAGCGUACUGCCUUGAUCAAGAAGCAGGCUGAACUACUACGGCAGCAGAUCGAGGAUGCGCAGAAGCAGCUUGUGGACAAGCGCCGACAAAUUUCCACACGCAGAUCUGACAUAUCGUCUGCCACCCACGACGUGAACGCUCGCCGAGUCAAUGAACGCGAUAAAGUACAGCAGAGCAUCAAGCGCUUGGAGUACGAGUCGGAUAAGGUUCACGCCUCUACGAUGGAGAUGCGAUCGUAUCUCGUCAACUCUGCGGCCGAUAUCGCGGGACUGAAAUCGUUGAAGCGUAGGACAAAGGGAGGAGAGAUCAGGGAGACCUGGUAUAUAGGUCCUGACAUAGACCGGCAUCGGACGUUAUCGAAGUCUGGUAGACACGUCAGAGUUUGGGACUUGCGAGAGCUCAAUGACGCUCCGCCGGAUGAACUAUCCGCCUCUCUACUUGCCAUUACACAACUUUUAAUUCGGGCCACGGCCUAUCUGGGUCUCCGUCUCCCCUCUGAGAUCACGCUCCCACACAAAGACUACCCACAUCCCACAAUCAUCAGUCCUGAGGAAUCGUGGGAAGGGAAGAAAGCCCCAUUUCCAGGCUUGACCCCAUCACAUUCAUCUAAUAACAGCCCGGAAGCUUCUCGUACAUUGGAUGGUGUACCCAUGCCUAGAGCCAUGGUACUCUUUCUGGAUCGAUCUCUCCCUCAUUUGCGACAAGAAGACAAGGCCGCUUACACAACUUUCAUAGAAGCUGUCGCACAUCUUGGAUACAAUGUCGCGUGGCUAUGUCGAUCGCAGGGCAUGAAAGAUGAAAUUGUGAAAUGGGAGGAUGUUUGUGAUGUGGGCAAGAACCUCCACCGCCUGCUAAAAUUGCGAGUCACUUGGAAUCCUCAGCGCCCAGAAAACCCACUCGAUAAAGAUAUUCCUCAGUCGAGGUCCAACUCCUAUGCAACGAAGAAGAACCCUGUAGGACUCGGCGAAAUCUCUUACUCAACGUCUCAUUCAUUCGCUCUCGAUGGCGAGAAUGUACAGCGCCUGGGUGAUUGGAACGUUACACCGUGGAAGCUGAAGGAUCAACUGAAGAGUUAUCUGUACGCUGAGGAGCAGACUAAGGACUGGGACAAUUUGGAUCCGAAAGAAUGGGCAGACAUGGAGAAUGCGAUCAAAGACGAUCCGAUCAUGGUUGGAAAACGUCAUCAUGAGGGUGACGGAAAGAGCUACAUAGACAAUGCUCCAAAUAUCACGGAAACCGCAGCAGUCGAGGAGCGCAAAAUGAACGGCUGGACCAGAGUCAAGAGUCGCAGUGAAGAUACGGCGAAGAAGCAGGGACCGGGAUGAAGGCUCGUUCAGGAAGGCACGAACUCUUCGGGUUUGCAAAGCACUGUGGUCUCUCAGAGAACCCAUGCAAGUCCGGGCCGUGAAGCUGCAAGCUCGU